CUACAAGUAAAAGCAAGGUUCGCGCCACUUUGAUUUCGUUUUCAUGGUGAAUUCGUGAGGUUUGUGUCACAUUAUCUUCGGAAGUCGUCUAGCGCAUAAAUUUUUUUUGGUAGUAGAUCCUAGUCAUGUUUUCCCUAGAAAAAAUUUUCCCUCCACUCCCUCGAGUAGUCAGGGGUAAACCGCUUAUUCUCGAUGCAGACCCCAAGGGUACAAAGCUUAUAUAUGUAUCUGGAAACAGUGUCAUUAUUCGUUCGAUUGAGAAUCCUGCUGAAAAUGAUAUGUACACCCAGCAUUCAGUCGCUGUUAAUGUUGCAAAAUAUUCACCUAGUGGAUUUUAUAUAGCAUCAGCUGAUAAUAACGGGAAAGUACGUAUAUGGGAUACUAUCAACCAAGAACACGUACUUAAAUAUGAAUACCAGCCGUUAAUGGGUAAUAUAAAUGAUUUGGCCUGGACUUCGGAUAACAAUCGUAUUCUUGUUGGUGGCAACAGUCCUUCGAAGUUUGGUGCAGUAUUUAUCGUUGAUACCGGAUCGUCUGUAGGUACAAUUACAGGCAUGAGUCGAAGUGUCAACUCUGUUGAUUUUCGACCUGCUCGACCCUAUCGUGCAAUCACUGGUAAUGACGAGGGCUUAGUGAGCUUUUUUGAGGGUCCCCCAUUUCAAUUCAAGAACUCCUUCCAAAAUCAUAAAGGCUUUACCAAUGUAGUUCGAUACUCGUCGGAUGGGUCUUUUUUUGUUUCCGGUGGGGCAGAUGGCAGGCUAUUCCUUCACGAUGGUGUAAGUGGUGAUAGACUAUUGGAAGUUGGAAACCCAGCGCAUGAUGGAGGGAUUUAUGCUAUUUCGUUUUCACAGAAAAGUCCCCUAUGUGUUACUGCUUCUGCAGACAAGUCUAUUAAAUUGUGGGGUGUUGAAGCUAAAAAUCUGUCUUGUCUUUCAAAGUAUUCAUUCGAAAACGUGUUAUUGAAUAUGCUGCUCGGUUGUACAUGGGUAGGCGAUAAAGUUGCUGUUGUAUCUUUAAGUGGUUCAAUUCAUAUAUUUAAUGUCCCACCUGGGUCAACGUCUCUCGCUCCACCGAUACUUUCUAUAAACGGGCAUAAACUCCACAUAACAUGUGCAAAGUAUAGCACACUUAAUGAUCGUUUAAUUACUGCAAGUUCUGACGGAUCAAUGGCAUCUUGGAAUAUAUCAACUGGUUUGGCCGAAAUGUUUUCUGGCACGGAAGCUCAUACUUCACAAGUACAGUCAAUAUCGCUUUUGGGAAAAUAUGUAAUUACUGUUGGCAUCGAUGAUCGAUGUGUUGUCAGUUCUAUGGGUGAAUUAAAACACAUAACAUCUAUCAAACUUCCAUCUCAACCUCGUUGUGUACAAUCAAUGGAAUCUACAUGUUCAUUAAUCAUUGUUUCAUGUGUAGAACAUAUGGUUUUAUUAGAGCUUAAAAAUAAUUCAUUGGUAUUCUUAGAUCAAAUAGAAGUUUCGCUAGGUGUAUCUACAAUGAGUGUUUCAAAAAAGCUGUCAUUAAUUGUUGUUGGAUCACAGAGUCUAGGCAAUACAUCGUUUCAUAUAUCAUCAAAUAAAAAGUUGAAACGAUUAAGUCUUGUCAAUGCUACUGAUAGAAGCCCAGAAGUGCUUGAAUUCUCACCUAAUGGUGAAAUACUGGCUCGUGCAAACUCAGAUCGUUCAGUGAAUUUAUUCUCUGUGACUUAUGAAGGAGGUGAACAUGAUCUCCCAACUCUUAAAUCUGCUCUUUCUGAAUAUUGGCAGAGGCACUCAGCUAGAAUAACCUGUAUCAGUUGGAGUCCAAAUGGUCGUCGUUUGGCCACUGGAGGUAUUGAUAGUUCUAUUGUUAUCUGGUCAUUAGAUGAACCGAACAAACCUGUGGUUUUGGCCGCGGCUCAUCCUAUGAGUAAUAGUACUGGAUUAUGUUGGAUCAAUGACAAACGUUUGUUAAGUUCAGCAAAUGAUGGGAGCAUUCGUAUAUGGAGUGUGUAGAUAGAAGUGCAGUCUGUCUUCUAGCCUAAAGUCUCUUGCAAUCAUGCUUCCCAGAAUACUCGUUUGCAGUUUGAUUUAAAUAAUAAUUGUUUCCUGGAAUAUAAAGUGUUUUCGAUUUCCAAUUUUUUAUCUCAAAUACAUGUCAACUAGUCUUAUUUCUGUCAUAUCAGGUUUUUGGGAAGGCGAAUUUAAUUUUUUAUUUUAAUAUAAAAAUUACAUCUUG